GGUGAAAGCAUCAGAAUGAGUCUUCUGCCAUAUAAAGGGCUGACCAUUGUUGGUGCCUGGUUGGUACUGACAGCGACCGCCAUAAGAAUCGAACAGUCGGAACCCAUCAGCUUCUUUCGCAGCAGCGUGGAACAGAUUCCACCGCACGGAUUUGAGAAACAGGUGGCCAACGAGGAAAGCAAUGAGUUCGGCAGUGAGUCUUUACCAUUGCGUAGUGCCGUCGAGAGUGUUCCCGCGAAUCUCAUCGACGAACGUCUACCGUUGCGUGACGCGGUGGAGUUCCGCAUCCUGAAUAUGGAUCACGAAAUAGAGGAUAGGGUCAGUCAGGUGAAAAAUGUCAUUAAAAAGCAAAAGAUCAAACUGGUACCCAUCGACACGAAAGACGUGGAAAGCUUUCGCGUGCUAUCCUUCCAGGAUAAGUAUGCCGCCUAUGUACUACCCUCGCAACCGGCCAAUAUGCCUAUGCCAUAUCGGGCAGGAUCACCGUACCAGCAGCUGCUAAGCAGUAAGGAUGUAGCGAUGGUACAAAAUUCGUAUGGCAAAAUUUUCUCCGCCGCUCAGAAAGCUGCAUCGGACGAAUACAAAGUACUGUGCCACAUGACCAACUGGGGCUUUUAUCGCAAAGGUGAGGCACAGUUUGUGCCAGAACACCUGGAGCCUAGCUUGUGUACGCACAUCAUAUAUUCGUUUGCGACGUUGGACCCGACAACGCUUAUGAUGAAAGAGUUCGAUAGUUGGGCCGACCUCGACAACAAUAUGUACUAUCGGACGGUAGCGGCUGCUGGUGAAGUGCCGGUAUUGCUAGGAUUGGGUGGAUGGACCGAUUCGGUGGGCAACAAAUAUUCGGCGCUGGUUAGUUCACCGGCCAAUCGACGAAACUUCAUAACAAAUGCAAUCGUUUUCCUGAAGAGACACGGCUUUUCUGGGUUGCACAUGGACUGGAACUAUCCCGUCUGCUGGCAGAGUGACUGUUCGAAGGGUUCCGAUAGAGACAGGACCAACUUUAGUAAGCUUAUUCAAGAAAUUAGAAAAGCAUUUUCGGCGGAGGGCCUGCUGAUAAGUACAAGCAUUUCGGGGUACAAGGAGGUUCUGAUGGUAUCGUACGAUAUCGCUGAGCUUUCGAAGCACGUCGAUUUUAUGGCCGUUAUGACGUACGAUUAUCAUGGCUCUUGGGAGGAACAAACGGGACAUGUGAGCCCACUGUAUGGAAGUUCGUACGACAAAUAUCCACAGUACAAUACCGACUACACGAUGCAGUUAUUGGUUAAGAUGGGUGCCGACAAGAGCAAGCUCAUCGUUGGAGUACCUUUUUAUGGACAAACGUUUAAAUUGGCACAAACUACUAGAGCGACGCCAGGUGAGGGAAGUCCUGCAACAGGACCCGGAGCAGCCGGUGAUGACACGAGGCAGCCGGGUAUGUUGGCUUACUAUGAAAUUUGUCAGCGAGUGCGUAAACAGAAGUGGAAGGUAGGCAGAGAUCCUGAGAUGAAAUCGGGUCCAUACGCUACCAAUGGUGAACAGUGGGUUGGAUACGAUGAUCCCGUAUCGGUCACGGCUAAGGCGCGUUAUGUGAUGAAGUCUGGAUUUGGUGGAAUUGCUGCAUGGACUGUCGAUUUAGACGAUUAUCAAAAUCGAUGCUGUGAGGAACGGUUCCCUGUGCUGAGAGCAAUUAACAGAGCUUUGGGGCGGCUCGAUACGCCUGUACCGUCUGGGAUGGACUGUUCGAGGCCUUCACAACCAGCUACUCCAAAACCAGCGGAGAUGACGUUUAGUCCGGAUAGUGGUAUCCAAAGUACAACAUCUACACCGGCACACUCUCAUACCACCUGGCCAUCGUGGUCACCGGAAAGCACAUCAACAACGAGACGAACGACUACCACAACGUCUAUGACUGCUUCUACAACAACUUCUACCACUAGCACUUCUACCACUCCCAGAACAACGAGAUGGACUACGUCAGCGACAACGACGUACAGUCCUCCAACGACAACUGUCGGCACAACGAUUCCAGUGCCCGGUCUUGUGAUGCCAGAACUCAGCAAUGCUGAAAGUUGCGAAGGCAAUCAGUACAAGGCACAUCCUACGAACUGCAACUCCUAUUACCGUUGCGUUCUGUCCGAGUUUAAGCAGCAGUUCUGUGCCGGUGGUCUUCAUUGGAAUGAUGCUGCCAAGCUAUGCGAUUGGCCUGCGUCAGCUAAGUGUGAAAUGGACAUGGGAACACAGGAACCAGUAACUACAACAACGACAGCUACUACAACAACAUCACGACCCACCAGACCCGCUUCAAGACGUACGACUACACCGCGAACCACUACGACCACCACCACCACCACACAAGAAACGACCCGUCCGACACGUCGAACGACAACGGUGGCCCAAAACACGCCCAGCCAAACAAGACCCACCAAAAAGCCUGUUACCACCACGAAAAAGCCUGUCAGUCGUCCUACGGAAAAUUGCAACAAUGGCGAGUACUAUCCGCACAAGAGCUGUGACAGUUUCUACAUUUGCGUGAACGAAAAGAAGGUGGCGCAACAGUGCGGUCCGGGGCUGUACUGGAGCCAAAUGGAUAAGAGUUGCGAUUGGGAGGAAAACGUAAACUGUGUGAGCAAUGAGCAAUACUUUAGGUUGUUAACAACGUUUGGCGCUUUGAAGGCUCUGUCGGAGGAUGAUCCUUGCGAUGGUAAUUCACACGUCCCGUAUCCGGGUGACUGUAAUCAGUAUUUGGUGUGUAACUGGGGUCGGUUGGAGUCGGCUAGCUGUGCCGAUGGGCUUCACUGGAACCAGCAGCUGAAGAUUUGCGAUUGGCCCUCCAAUGCCAAAUGCUCGCAGGGUGGCAUCCCGGAGAGUACGGAAAACAUUUCCGAUGAGAACGGUGGUUGGCAGGGCUCGGAUCAGGACAUUGAUGGGCCUCAGUACGUUGUGUCGACUACCGAGAAACGGACCACUACUACAACGCGCACAACAACUACCACGGCCCGUCCAUCAACACCUCCGCCAGUGCUAGAGCCUCUGUCGGGGUAUUAUAAGAUGGUUUGCUACUUCACUAACUGGGCCUGGUACAGAAAAGGAUACGGCAAGUACACGCCCGAUCACAUACGUACCGAUCUUUGCACGCACAUUGUGUACGGAUUCGCGGUACUAGACUACUCCUCGCUUACGAUAAAAACGCACGACUCUUGGGCGGAUAUUGAUAACAAAUUCUACACCCGUGUAGUCGCCGCAAAGGAGAAAGGGGUGAAAGUUACCCUUGCCAUCGGUGGAUGGAAUGAUUCGGCUGGGGAUAAAUACAGCCGGCUGGUGCGUAGUUCCUCGGCGAGAUCGAAAUUUGUGGAGCACGUUAUCGGAUUUCUAGAAAAGUAUGGAUUCGAGGGUUUGGAUCUGGAUUGGGAAUAUCCGGUCUGUUGGCAGGUCGACUGCAAGAAAGGAUUUGCUGAUGAAAAGGAAGGAUUUACCGAGCUAGUACGAGAGUUGUCGGAGGCGUUCCAACCCCGCGGUUGGUUGCUUUCGGCUGCUGUUUCGCCAAGCAAAACGGUUAUCGACGCAGGGUACGAUGUUGCAGCGUUGGCUAAGUAUUUCGAUUGGAUUGCAGUAAUGACCUACGAUUUCCAUGGACAGUGGGACAAGCAAACAGGGCACGUAGCGCCGCUGUACUACCAUCCCGAGGAUGAGAUCGAUUUCUUCAAUGCGAACUAUUCAAUCAAUUAUUGGAUCGAAAAGGGAGCACCGUCGAGAAAGAUUGUUAUGGGUAUGCCGCUAUACGGACAGUCUUUCCAGCUGGCCGACACGAAGAAGAAUGGGCUCAACGCCAAAGCACCAGGACCUGGCCAGGCAGGAGAAUUCACCAGAGCUGCAGGAUUUCUAGCGUAUUAUGAGAUCUGUGAUCGUAUACAAAACAAAGGAUGGACGGUGGUGCAAGAUGAGCUUGGAAGAAUGGGCCCAUACGCAUACAAGGGCAACCAGUGGGUAUCGUUCGACGAUAAAGAGUCUUUGCUGAAGAAAGUACAGUUCAUAAGAGCUAUGGAUCUUGGAGGUGGUAUGAUCUGGGCACUGGAUUUAGACGACUUCAAGGAUCGCUGCGGGCACGGAAGCCAUCCAUUACUUACUGCCAUACGAGAGGGUCUUCGGGAAGCACCCAAUGGUGCCGAUGUGCUUCCGGCCAUUGUACCAGAACCUGUGGAAAACAUUGCCCUCGAAAUGGAAUCAAAACCUGAUAUCUCUGGUUCUCCAGAGAAACAGCAACCAAGUCCAAUCGAUAGCUCAGAGGUGGAGGAAAACUUGGUCGAUUCGGACGACUACAAAGUGGUUUGCUACUUUACGAAUUGGGCCUGGUAUAGGCAAGGUAAUGGGAAAUAUCUUCCCGAAGAUAUCGAUGCCGACCUAUGUACCCACGUUGUGUACGGGUUUGCCGUCCUCGAUCGCGAAGGACUAACAAUUAAACCGCACGAUUCUUGGGCAGACAUAGACAAUCGAUUCUACGAGCGUGUCGUGGAGCUUAAAAAGAAGGGAAAGAAAGUGACCGUUGCCAUUGGUGGAUGGAACGAUUCGGCUGGUGAUAAGUACAGUCGGCUGGUGCGUAGUGCUCAGGCAAGAAAGCGCUUUGUGGACAAUGUGAUGCAAUUCAUUGCCAAGUAUAACUUCGAUGGAUUAGACCUGGACUGGGAGUAUCCCGUUUGCUGGCAAGUCGAUUGCAAGAAGGGAUAUUCCGAUGAAAAGGAAGGGUUUGCAAGCUUAGUGGUGGAACUGGCGACUGCCUUUAAACCCAACGGGUAUCUGCUAUCGUCGGCGGUAUCUCCGAGCAAGAAGGUGAUCGACGCUGGAUACGACGUACGUACGUUGUCCGAUUAUAUGGACUGGAUCGCUGUGAUGACGUACGAUUAUCAUGGUCAGUGGGACAAACAAACGGGGCAUGUUGCACCGAUGUACGAACAUCCGGAUGAUGUUGAUAAAACGUUCAAUGCCAACUUUACGAUCCACUAUUGGAUAGAGCAGGGUGCGGAUCCACGGAAGCUGGUAAUGGGUAUGCCAAUGUACGGCCAAUCGUUCUCGCUUGCGGAUGUGAAUGAUCAUGGCCUGAACGCUAAGACUUAUGGAGGUGGAGAAGCUGGCGAUCAAACACGUGCGAGAGGGUUCUUGUCAUAUUACGAGAUAUGCUCUAACAUCAACAAGAAGAACUGGAACGUUGUACGAGAUCGCAAGGGACGAAUGGGUCCGUACGCUUACAAAGGCGAUCAGUGGGUUUCGUUCGACGAUCAGUACAUGAUACGCCAUAAAAGCGAGUUUAUCAAGGCGAUGGGUCUUGGAGGAGCUAUGAUCUGGGCACUCGAUUUGGACGAUUUCCGCAAUAUUUGUGGAUGUGAGGAAUACCCGUUGUUGCGCACCAUCAAUCGUGUGCUGCGAAACUAUCCUGGUCCGGGGCCAAAAUGCAUACUAGGAUCAAGCAAACCAUCAUCAUCGGAACGUCCAAGUGAUCGUCCAACUACCGCGAUGACGACGACGACCAUGACUACAACAACGACCACGAGAAAACCUACAACCACUUCCGGAACUACAACGACAAGGCCCACAAAGGCUGCGUCAACUACACGAAAAACUACCCGUCGACCGACUAGUGGUACAACCACAUCGAGAAGACCAUCAACACCAUCGAUUGAUGAUCUCGAUCAUAAUCACUCGACUAGUGAAUGCGAUGGGCGAAUGUUCGUUCCUCACGAAUCGGAUUGCUCCAAGUACUACGUUUGCCAGCAUGGCAAACGCUAUGAGCAAAGAUGCCCUCCAAACACAGUCUGGAACAAUGAAUACUGUGACUGGGAGGAGAAUACUAACUGUAGAAACAAGCAGCGUCCAGUUACUUCAACGAGCUCCACAAGUACGACGGAAGAUGUUAGUUGGAUGUCUUCAACUACACGUCCUGCAACAACUACUCGACGGACAACAACUACGCGACGCUCAACCGAAAGACCUACAACAACUGUCGGCACUACCACUACAGUAAAACCAGUUCCUCCAUCGAAUGAACUAGGUCCUGGCAAUAGCGAAUAUAAAGUAGUAUGUUACUUUACCAACUGGGCCUGGUACCGACAAGGAGAUGGAAAGUAUACACCCGAUGAUAUCGACAGUACACUCUGCACACACAUCGUGUACGGUUUUGCUGUGCUUGAUCGUGAAACGCUGACGAUCAAAACUCACGAUUCGUGGGCCGAUAUAGACAAUCGCUUCUACGAGCGUGUUGUGGAGCAAAAGCGCAAAGGAGCGAAGGUAACGCUAGCGUUGGGCGGAUGGAACGAUUCGCUGGGCGAUAAGUACAGCAAGCUGGUGCGAGAUGCCACGGCUAGAGCACGGUUUGUGAAGCAUGCCGUCGAAUUUAUCGAAAAGUACGAUUUCGACGGGUUGGACCUUGACUGGGAGUAUCCCGUUUGCUGGCAGGUCGAUUGUCAGAAGGGAUAUCCCGACGAAAAGGAGGGCUUCGCCAAGUUGGUGCAGGAACUUGCGGUUGAGUUCCGACCGAGAAGAUGGCUCCUUUCGGCCGCUGUUUCUCCCAGCAAGAUGGUUAUCGAUGCCGGGUAUGAUGUGCCAGUGUUGGCGGAAUACUUCGAUUGGAUUGCGGUCAUGACCUAUGAUUUCCACGGUAACUGGGACAAACAAACGGGGCAUGUAGCACCACUGUACUACUAUCCUGGUGAUACUUACGAUUAUUUUAAUGCCAACUUUUCCAUCAACUAUUGGAUAGAAAAGGGAGCACCGUCGCGCAAGUUGGUCAUGGGUAUGCCACUGUACGGGCAGUCGUUUUCGCUUGCCGAUGCGCGUCGGAAUGGGUUAAACGAAAAAUCGUACGGUCCGGGUGAAGCAGGAGAAUUCACACGGGCAGGAGGAUUCCUGUCGUUUUAUGAAAUCUGUGACAAGGUUAACCGACAGGGUUGGUCCGUCCGGCGGGACCCCCAAGGUAGAAUAGGGCCGUACGCGUACAGUGGAAGCCAGUGGGUGUCGUACGAUGAUGUGGACGAGAUCCGAAGAAAAACUCAAUUUGUGAAGCAAAUGAACCUAGGCGGUGGUAUGGUGUGGGCUUUGGAUUUGGACGAUUUUAGAGGGAAAUGUGGCUGUGGUACGCAUCCACUGUUGCGUACCAUGAAUUUGGAGCUUGGACGCAUCAGCACACAAGCGCCAGACAAUUGUACUUAGAGUUGUAUUAAAUUUUGCAUAUGAUGUAAUGAGAAAGGGAGUCAAAAUGUGUGCGAGUGUAAACUAUUACUAA